AAGCGAUGGCGACGGCGCGCAUGCAGCGAGUGGCGACGCGACCCAGACCCCAGUGCGGUGGCGCAGCGAGCCAGCGACAGAGCUGAGCGACUGCCCUGCGCUGCAAGCUCCAGCUCAUCAUCGUGCCACACGACUGCUACCUCGACUCGCGCGGUCGCCUCGAUCGCCUGAACACCAGCCGUCGCCCACUCCUCUACUGUACACUUCAUUGCAUGCCUCACUGUUAAUUUCCUGCCAAUAAUAAUCCCAUCGGCAUCGCCCAUCAUUCUCCAGUCUAGUCCUCAACCGGUCCAAAAAAAAACCAUGGCGCAAGCAACUGCUUCUGAAUCCGGCAAGAGCGACACCAACACCGCAGCCUCAUCGGCCGACGAAGCUCAGCCCCAAAGCUACAGCGACCUCGUCUCCACUCUCCCCGCCAGAGGAGGGUGGGUGUCGCUCGUCCAGUACCAGAACUACUGGCUGAACCCCGGCAGGCUGCAGCACAUCAUCCCGGUGAAGGAGCUCUACAAGCCUCGCGCCGACGACAUCCUCCUCGCCACCUACCUCAAAUGCGGGACCACGUGGCUCAAGGCGCUCGCCUUCGCCAUCACGACCCGCGGCCUCCACCACCACCACCACCACGCCGGCGGCGCCGACGACGACGACCACCCUCUGCUCACCGUGCACCCGCAGGAGGCCGUGCCGCACCUGGAGGUGCACACCCCGGGGCGAGCGCUGGCGGACAUCGAGACGCUGCCGUCCCCGCGGCUGCUCGGCACGCACCUGCCGCUCUCCCUGCUCCCGCCGGCCGUCGCGUCCACCUGCCGCCGCGUCGUGUACCUGUGCCGGCAGCCCAAGGACGUGUUCGUCUCGCUCUGGCACUUCGUCAACGGCAUGCGCGGCGGGCGGUCCCCCGUGGCCGAGAUGGACGCCGCGCUCGGCAUGUUCUGCGAGGGGGUCUCGCCGUUCGGCCCCGUCUGGGAGCACUACCUCGAGUACUGGAAGGCGAGCCUGGCGAGGCCCGAGCAGGUCCUCUUCAUGAGGUACGAGGAGAUGGUGGCCGACCCGGUGAGAGCCGUGAAGACGCUCGCCGGAUUCUUCGCCGUGCCGUUCACCGAGGAGGAAGACAGAGCAGGGGUCCCCGAGGAGAUCGUGAGGCUGUGCAGCUUCGAGACGCUGAGCGGAUUGGAAAGCAACCGGACUGGAGAUCUUGAUUGUGGAGACAACACGGUGAUUGGGAAGUCUACCUUCUUCAGGAAAGGCAAGGUUGGGGACUGGGAGAACCACAUGACCAGAGAGAUGGGCAAGAAGGUCGACGACGUUUUUGAAGAGAAGCUCAAGGGAUCUGGUCUCGUGUUUUGAUUGAUUAUUAUCCAUGCAUGCAUGGCUUUCUCGUCUCUGUGAUGUUGUUUGUCCAGAAUAAUUCAUAAUUCGCACCUGUACCGGUAUUUAUGUAGUAAUGGAGUCUUUCUACUCAAAAUAAUUGUUUCUGUAGUAAGGAGCAUUUAUGUAAUAUAUGAGAUCUUUCUACUCAAAAUAAACUAUGAUUGUACCAAA